AUGACAUUCGGUGAGCAAAAUUCGUUGUCACAGUCCUUCAAACUCCUCGACAAAGCAUUCGACUCCGGAAUCAACUUCUUUGAUUCUGCAGAAAUGUAUCCAGUGCCACAGCAUGCAGAAACACAAGGAAGGAGCGAAGAAUACUUUGGUUGCUGGCUUAGAGAAAGAAAAAUACCUCGUGAACGACAUUAUUUGAUCAUAAAUCACAUUGGAGCCAUUCGUUCUGAGCAUGAUGACUUCACUAUCCGUUUUGCUUCUGCUAUGAACCAUCCCAUCAGAAGAAGCAGAUGCUGUCUUUAUCUGUUCAACAACAUGAAGAGGGACUACAUAAAAGUUUAG